AAAGCAAUGAGGACACGCUCUUCUUCGCCACCUCUGCACGUUCACGUCACCGAGAGCACACCGGUGCAUGUGCAUGUGAAGAAAAGCUUGAAGAGCAGCCCUGCGAAGACUUCUCAGAUUAAAACUAAAGGAGGUUUGCGUCCCACGGCCAAAGUCAAGACCAGAGUUCCAUGGAUACCGCCAGGCAAGGCCUCCACUCGAGAGGCGUCAUAUAAGUGGGAGGGUCCAUCACACCGCUUGGAGAUUACUCCACACCCAGAGCCAGAACCGUCUCACUCUCCUUUGCGCGUGGAAGACCUUUCCACUGAUGAAGAGGAGGCGCUGCAUGGACGUAUCAACCAGUACGAAAGGAAAAUAGACAGCCUCAUGACUGAAGUCAGCAUGCUAAAGAACGAGGUGGAACUGCGUAAAAAGGAGCAGCUGCUGGAGCGUCAGUCGGAGAGACUGAGCGUCUCCCAACGCGUCAUUGCUCAGCAGGAGGAAGAGCUUGCAGAAGUUGCUAAAGAACUGGAGGUGACAGAGGAGGAGAACUCCCGCCUUCGUGAAUCCAUGGAGAAGAUGCUCGAAGAAUCCGAUUUUAGCAGGCUAGACAGAGAGAGUCUGCAGCUGGAAAAGGAUGCACUCCUCAGGAAGCUUUUGGAGGCAGAGGUGGAUGGCACCGCUGCUGCCAAGCAGGUGUCUGCUCUCAGAGAGACCAUCAGCAGGAUGUCCAGGAGUGAGAAAAGGAUGUCGGGGUCAGACUCUUCCCUCCUGGUCCGGCAGAAGGAUCUUCUCCUGCAGAAGCUGGAAACUUUUGAAGGCACAAAUCGUACCCUCCGUCAUUUGCUGAGGGAGCAACAUGGGCGUGAGAUGGACUCCUUACGGCUUCUAGAGCAGAAAGAUUCGCUGUUGAAGAGACUCACAGAUAUAGAGGCUGAGAACACGCGUCUUUUGGUGAAACUUCAGGACAAAGAGAAGGAAGUUGACCAACUCACAUCAAUUUUAGAAAAUGAAAAGGAGAACUCCAGGACCACCGGAGAGCUCUCUAAAGUGCUGGAGUCGACCCGAGCCCACCUGCAAGGUCAACUACGGAGCAAGGAGGCAGAGAACAACCGCCUCAGCGUGCAGAUACGGAACUUGGAGCGUACAGUCAGUCAGCAGCAGGGGGAGAUAGAUCACCUGCAGGAGCAGCUACAGGAGCUGAGGCAGAGAGCAGAGGCUGAUAAAGAGGCACUGAAGAGGGCGACACGAGCCCAGAAACAGCGGGCGGAGCGCAGUGAGGACACGGCAGGCCAGCUCAGCGCUCAGUUACUGGAGAUGGAGAGCCAGCUUAAAGAUGCUGUGUCAGCAGCAGAGAGCUGGAGCAGUCGCCAUUCAAAAGAGAUGAAGGAUAAGGCCCAGCUGGAAAUAGAGAUCACUCUACUGAACAAUCGUAUUACAGACCUGACGGAGCAGCUCCAUGGGGUUGAGGACAAAGCGCGGGCAGAGAGAGAAGGGCUUUUAGAUAGACUGCAUGGACUCACAACGGAGAGCACCACAGUUAAACUGGAGAACCAGAGCCUUAAGGCUAGUCUGUCUGCUCUAGAGGAGAAACUGGCCUUGUCUCAAUCAGAAGUGCAGCAGGUCAAAGCCUCUGUAAAGCAGUACGAGAGCCUGGUGGACAGCUACAAGGCCCAGCUGCAGAAGACGCGUGCAGAGGCAGAGGACUACAGUGAGAGGCUGCAGCAGGCGGAGAGGGAGGCCCAGGUGGUGAGGGACGACCUGGAUCAGGAGAUUGAUCAGGUGAGGAAGCAGCUGCUGGGUCGUCUGACAGAGCUGGAGCCUCUGCCUGAUGCCCUGAGACGCACCGAGCUCCAGCUGCAGGAAGCCCAGGAAAAAGAACGCUUACAGGAGAGAAGGAACACUGAACUCACCACCGCUCUGGCAGACUUACGCAUGAAGGUGGAGCAGCAGGGCAGUCAGGUGGAGAUGGUGAGACAUAAGAACAUGCUACUAAUGGAGGAGAACAAGCAGCUACAACAUAGAGUGGAGACCCUCGAUCGAAAGCUUGAAGAAGCCAACUCGCAGAAUCGUGACCUCAUGCAAGUGAUUGCUAAGCGAGAGGAGACAAUUCAUAAUAACCAGGUCCGUCUGGAGGAGAAGUCAAGAGAAUGCAGUAUACUCACUCGACAGCUGGAGGAGGCGCUGGACGACGCCCGUAAACAGGUUUCCCAGACCAGGGAGCGUGCUGUCUCCAAAGAGCGUGCCACUCAAUCUAAAGUGGUUGACCUGGAAGCCCAGCUGAGCAGAACCACCGCUGAUCUCACUCAGUUGCGACGCACCAAAGAGGAAGCAGAGAGGCGAUACCAGAGCCGGCUACAAGACAUGAAGGAUCGUCUGGAACAGUCAGACAGCACCAACCGGAGUCUCCAGAACUACGUCCAGUUUCUCAAGGCCUCCUACGCCAAUGUGUUUGGAGACUCCGCUCUCACGGGCUCCUCUCUCCGAGCCCCCUCUCCCCUAUGA